UCAAAUAAAAAAGCACUCGUGUCUAAAGAUGAAUUGCAGGCUUUCCCACUUCCCACCUAGCGAGUUACCAAAGCACGCGAUGUUAUGCGGAGCAACGGGCAGGCACUGCCUUGUAAACAACCCGUCAUGUAGCCCGCAAAUGAUUCCUUCAACGGUUUAAACCAAUCACAUUCAUGAAUAUAACCAUUUCACUAAUCGAUACACGUUUGAUACAUGCGUUCGUGUGAAUUCUUAUAGCCAUCUUCAAUUCGCGUCCGUGAUCGAGGACUACGUAGUGCCCUGCACUAUUGCGCUUCGAGUGGCGCAGGGGCGAGUCAAUCAGCGCGUGCUGCCUGUGCCGACCGCGUGCUGAUGGCAGCGCCGGCGCUCGCUGACGCACGUGACGCGGAUGGCCUCACUCCUCUACACCUCGCUGUCGUGCACGGAAACGUUCCCUUAGUACAAACCCUCCUCGCUGCCGGCGCUGACGUGAACGCAAAAGACAACGAGCACCAUACCGUUGUUCACUGGGCCACUGUGUGUGGUGAGGUCGGUGCACUUCGAGCGGUGCUGGCGGCAGGCGCUGACGCAGCCACGCCUGACCAACACGGCGGGUAUCCUCUGCAUUACGCGGCGCAGAUGUGUGGAGCACCAGCUGCUACAGAUCAUCAAAGUCGUGGAGCUGCUUUAGAAGUUUUACGUGCUUUAGUAAAAGAAGGCGACGUAAGAGUUGACGUGAGAGAUGCAGAUGGCCGCACGCCAUUACUAUGGGCAGCGUCUGCGGGUUCUGCCUCCGCAGUGCUGGCCCUACACCAAGCGGGUGCUAGAGUUGAUGACGCAGACAGGGAUGGAUUAACUGCUCUUCAUUGUGCGGCAGCAAGAGGACAUACUGAAGCUUUAGAGACAUUAGUAGGUCUUUGCGGCGCUCGCGUUGACGUAGCAGACUCUCAUGGUUGCACUCCAUUACACUACGCGGCUGCUUUGGGCCAUGCUGAUGCCACUUCAGCUUUGCUAGAACACGAAGCAGAUGCUCACCGUCAAGACCGAAGGGGCCGGAGCCCAGCUCACACAGCUGCUGCAAAAGGACAAAUAGAGACAGUUCGGAUUUUGGGAGCACGAGGUGCAAAUUUGUGGUUACGUAAUUCAAAGGGCGAUUUACCUUUACAUGAAGCUGUUGCAUCGGGUCGUAGAGAGUUAGUUAAGUGGUUAUUGGAUGGAAGACCAUCUCAAGUAAAUGCAACGAAUCAUGAAGGGCGUACUCCAUUGCAUAUUGCUGCUGCUACAGACAAUGCCGAUCUUUGUCGUUUAUUACUAGACCGUGGUGCAGAAGUAAAUUAUGUUGCGAGAUCAUCAAAAAAUGAACCGAUAACUCCUUUAGAUUGUGCAACUAUUCGAGGACAUCGUUCAACGGCUAAAUAUAUACAGAUGCAUGGAGGUUUGCCUGCAUCUAAACUACCGAAUACUCAAAUAAUAAUUGAUAACACCCCAAUUUCCAAUUUACCAACAAGACGUGUGACAAGUACAAAAAUUGAUUUAAGGGAUAAAAUAAGAAUAGAAAAACGGGAAGUUGUUGAAUUAUCAAGUCCAUUACCAGAAAGGAGGAGAAUAAGAGAAGCGAGCGAUUUCAAUUCUGAUAGCUCCGAAGAUCAUCGAACUUCUCAUAGACGUCAUGAUAAUAAAUAUUGCGAGCGUAAAAAGAGAUUAAUUGAUAGCAAACAAAAAAGUUUUAGUGAUGGCUACGAUUCUGAAAUAGACGCGUGUUGUAACCAUGCAUAUUAUAAACAAAAAAUAACGAAAGGGUCUAGGUCUCAUAAAAGCAGAUCUAGAAGUGAACCUUCUAAAAGAAACAGAAAUAGCCCUCGAUACCAUCGGAGAUAUCGAUCCAUCUCUGACAGUUCUUCUGAAAUAUCAAGUUCUCAAGAAAAAAAGAGAAGUAAACGUCACAAAAAACGAAAUAAAAAAAAGGUAAACUCUACAUCAGAUAGCAGUACAGAAUCGAGUGAAAGGCGCAGUACAAAACGCAAGGGUAAGAAGACAUCCAUACACAUAGAAAAUGAUGAUUUAAAACAAAGUGUAAAUAUUGUUAAAUAUAAAAAUAUCGACUGCCCUGAAGAUAGCGAUACACGUGAAAAUUUAGAACGAAAUGUUUCAUUUGAUGAACCUUCGCUAAUAAAAGGUAUUGAAAUCGAAUCAAGUAAAGAUCAACAAAUUUUAAAUAAACAAAGUGAAACAGAAACAGACACUGUUUCAGUUAAAACUAACAUGGUUGUAACUGAAGCUCAAAUUCACAUGGAAAGAGAAUCUAGUCAACACGGAAGUUCAGAAUUAACCGUCACCGUUGAUUCCCUUAAUAAUGUUUCUAUAGAAACAUCGAACUUAUCAGUAACACAAACCGAUUUGAAGGAGAUACCAGGGGAUCAAAGAGAUAAAACUAUUGAGCACGUUGAAACAAUUACUAAUGAAAAAGAAGAAACAAAAUUUCCAGUAGACACUACAUUAGAAGUAAAAGAGGUGAAGGAAUCCAAAAUAGAACAGAAAGUAAGUGACGAAAUUAGUUCUCCAGAUAAAGAAAUAGGCGAAAAAGACAGUUCUCAGCUCCAGUCCACCAGUAUGAAUGAAGAAGAACCGACACUAGAUCAAUCUCAAGAAUCAAAACAAGAAGAUAAGCAAAAAGAAAAAGAGAGCUUGUUAUCCACAUCUGGUGAAGCAAGUGAAACAAGUCGCAAGAGAUCUUUUCAGGUAUUAUCGGGGCCAGAAAAAUCUUCUUCAUCAAGUAAAGAAAUGCCUCAAGAUACGUUAUUAUCGGAUGCCAACAAGGAUCAAUCUGAAUCACAAGAAAAAAGUUCACCGAGUGUUUCAUUUUCAAAUAAGGACGAGAUUUUUAAAAUAAAAGAUUCAGUUGAAUCUGGAGACACCAAAAAAGAAUCUCAAGAAGAAGUAGCACACAAAAAGCAGGAAACAUUAGAUGAUAAAAACAUUGAAUCGUUAUCGUUACAAGACGUUACUACAAACGUCGGUAGCCAAAUAAUUGAUAAAGGUAUUUUGUCUAUAAUAAAAGACGAAGGGUCUGAAGUUACUGAUAUUAAUUUAUCACUUACAGAUACAUCUCCAAAAUUUCAAAGGAAAUCUUUAAAAGACAGUCACACCAGUAGCAGUAGAAAAAGUAGUAUAUACGAAACUGAAAGUUAUAAAGUGUUAUCGGAAACGACUGGAGUCAUUGAUUCAAGUCCAGGUAUUUUAAAAAAACGAACUACUAUUGAAGAUACUUUCUACGACGAAGAUAAAGAGGUUUUGCACGAAAAAGUAAUACGUCAGAGUACAUACGGUAGAGUGCCGAGCGUAAGCGAUAAUGAAAUUUACUACAGCCAUUCUGAAGCAAAUGGUAAACGAAAAAGAUUUAGAAAGAAAGGUAGAUCAAGAAGCCGUAUCACAAUACGGUCAAAAAGUGAAAAUUCCGAGAGAGGAUAUGAGUCUAGUGGAGUUAUGGAUUCCGGAUUUGAACCAAGUCCAAGGCCAAUCCAACGUUGUAUUAUAAGUCCUAGACUCAAUGCGUAUUAUGCACAACGGAAAUCAGGAGGAAAAUUCAUGGGAAAAUUUGACAGCAAAAUUCCUGUUAGGAAGCCAGGAGACAAAAAUGCGGUAGAUAUGAGAUCAGUAACACAGCGUAUACAAACGAAUAUGAGAAGGUACUACUGUGAAAGAAAAAUUUUCCAACAUUUACUAGAACUGAAGCGAUUACAAAUAAGAACAAGUAAAGCAAACGAAGCUGUACUGGUUAAAAGGGCCAUUGACGAAUAUAAUAAAUCAAGCCUAGCUCAUGUAGGCUUGGGAUCUUACAAUAGCACUGAUUAUUCAUUCAGCAGUUUUGAAAAAUUCUUGUAUCAUAGUCUACGAAAGUUACAAAGAAGCGGAAAAAAACAUUUAGAUAAUUUGCCCGAAAAACCUAUUGAUUUUGACUAUGGUGAAAGUGAAUUAUAUAAAAUGAGCGCUAUUCCAGACAACCCAUGCUUGUGUACUAGUAAAACACAUCGUUGUUUCCACGCAAUUCAUGCCUACACUGGAAUUCCAUGUUCAGCUUACAUUCCAUACAAAUGGAACCAUCAUACUAUGCCGAAACCCGCUACAGCUGGUCCACCGACGAAAUCUAAGAACUUUUUACCAAAAAUUAAUACUAAGCCUUCGACAAGUUCGGGAAAAGCUCAUGUUACUCUAGAAGUAUCCCACGGUACAGAAAAACAGUUAAUAGCACUGCCGGCGGAACGACUUGAUAAAAAUAAGAGAUAUUACGUGACAUUUACUGUUAAGGGCUCUGAACCUCCUUCUGAUAAUGAUAACGCAUCACCAACUUCAGCUAAAGUAAAUAGUGUACGAAGUGAUUAACUAAUGGUUAUUUACGUGGUUGAUUCUACUUAAUAAUAAUAAUAAUGACAAAAAUGUGAAGUUACAAAAGCACUGCCUGUAAAACAAAUGUGAUCUAUUAAUGUCCCAGAAAUAUAAUUCCGUCCAUGUAAAAAAUAUUUUUCUAAUGGCGUAGAUUAUAUAUAAAGUUAUGAUAAACAAUUAAGAUGAAUUAAUAAUUGUUCUUUGUUGUUCUAGUCUUCCUGUGAUAAUGUUUUAUUGAGCACAAGUUAGAUAUAGAUAUAAUAUGUUGUCAGCACCCGACAUGGAGUUAUCAAAUACUCAAAAUAAAAUA